AUUCUAUUGUUUUCUUGAAAUAUUAUUGGGUUAAAUGGUUGAAAGUUCGUUCUUUUUCCAUUUUGUCCACUAGAAAAUUGAUUCUUUGAAUGUGCAUUAUAAGACCAAAGACCGACUCUUUUUGGCUCGAGGGUCAUUACUGAAUUUAUGUGUUUAUUGAUGUGUGUGGAUUCUAUGUGCUCAUAAAGAUUAUGGCUUUAUUUAUUUUAUUUUUUGUCCUUAUGCUUCAUUUUCAUGGGUUCCUUUCUCUUUCUGAAUGUCUUUUUGUAGGUAGUUCUAGAUGGGGUGUAAAUGGUGGAUGCCAAUACUAGACCUGAACUCUUUGUUCUCACUGCAAGUGGGAUUCUUCUCCAUUGCGCAUUUAUCUGAGUCGAAAAUGAGCGUCAGUGGCUCUGCUGAAGGUAGCCAAACAUCUAGAAGGGCAUUUGAGUUUGGAAGGACUCAUGUUGUCAGGCCAAGAGGGAGACACGAAGCUACAAUCGUUUGGCUUCAUGGCCUUGGUGAUAGAGGCUCAAGCUGGUCCCAGCUCUUGGAAAACCUUCCUCUUCCAAAUAUAAAGUGGAUCUGCCCAACUGCUCCUACUCGACCGGUGUCUUUAUUUGGUGGAUUUCCUUCCACUGCUUGGUUUGAUGCAGAAGAUAUUUCGGAGGAUGCACCUGACGAUGUAGAGGGCUUGGAUGCAUCGGCAGCACACGUGGCCAAUCUUUUGUCAACAGAACCUGCUGAUAUUAAACUAGGUGUUGGGGGAUUUAGUAUGGGUGCUGCAACCGCUCUCUACUCAGCCACUUGUCAUGUUUUUGCACGGUACGGGAACAGAAACCCGUACCCAGUUAACCUGAGCUCUGUUGUUGGUCUUAGUGGCUGGCUACCAUGUUCAAGGAUACUGAGAAACCAACUGAAAGAAUCCAAUGAGACUUCAGCACGUGCAGCAACAUUGCCUAUUUUACUCUGUCAUGGACCUGGAGAUGAAGUGGUGGCUUAUAAACAUGGAGAAAAAUCUGCACGUAUAUUAAGUUCAGCUGGGUUCCAAAAUCUUACAUUUAGAACAUAUGACGGACUUGGCCAUUAUACCAUUCCUGAAGAAAUGGAAGAUGUCUGUCGCUGGUUAACUGCAAGAUUGAGGCUUGGGGGAUCUUAAUUGUGAAAAGGUCUCCGAGGAAGCAUGGGGUAUACAUGAAGAAAAGAAAAAUAAGUGUAACAGCUAUAGAAAGAUGUAGCUUAAAUAAUAUGGGAACUUUAUACUGAUGCGUUCUAUAAAUGUCUCUAUUUUGUGUUGCUGAAGAAAAUUAUGCCUAUUUCAUUGAUGUUUUACCUUCAGUUCCUUCCCUUGCAAGAACAGAUCAAAGAAACUUCUUUCCUUA